GGAGGCUCCUGCAGCGGUGGCCGCUCGGGUGGUCUGGGUCUCUCGUAAACUCCUCGAGUCCGACCCUUUCAGCAUUCGGCUCCCGCGCCGGGUCACCUCUUGGCGCCAUGACCACCACCACCACCUUCUCGGGUGUCGACCCCAACAGCAGAAACAGCUCCCGGGUUUUGCGGCCUCCAGGUGGUGGAUCCAACUUUUCAUUAGGCUUUGAUGAACCAACAGAGCAACCUGUGAGGAAAAAUAAGAUGGCCUCUAACAUCUUUGGGACACCUGAAGAAAACUCCCCUUCUUGGGCCAAGUCAGCAGGUGCCAAGUCUAGUGGUGGCAGAGAAGAUUUAGAGUCAUCUGGCUCCCAGAGAAGGAACUCUUCUGAAGCAAACUCUGGAGACUUCUUAGAUCUGAAGGGAGAAGGAGACAUUCAUGAAAAUGUGGACACAGACUUGCAAGCCAGCCUGGGGCACAGUGAAGAGAAGCCUGUGCCCGUUGCCCCCGUGCCCAGCCCGGUGGCCCCUGCCCCGGUGCCAUCCAGAAGAAAUCCCCCUGGGGGCAAGUCCAGCCUCGUCUUGGGUUAACUGAGACUGUCCUUCCUGAACUCUGUCGUUUUGUUUGUUUGUUUUCUCCAUGCUUGUGAACUGCACAACUUGAGCCUGACUGUACAUCUUUUGGAUUUGUUUCAUUAAAAAAGAAGCACUUUAUGUACUGCUGGUUUUUUUUCCCCCUUUCUCUUUUUUAAGAACAAGUUUCUCUUUAUCUGUCCUGGCUCCUCUGGGUCUGUGGACCAUGGCAUGGGUGUUUUCUAGUAGUAGAUUGGAGGGAAAGCUUUGUGACACUUAGUACCGUGUUUUUAAAAGCAAAUAAUUGGGUUCCAAAUGUGUUAGAGGAUCUUUUGUACUGAGGUUUUUAAUACUUUACUUGGGUUUACCAAGCCUUGAUUGGACAGACCAUAAGUAGUCCACAGGCGCUGUUCCUGCCAGGCCCCAACACACAGAUUGUGUUUACGCAGAGCCUUCCCCUGGUGGUACCCUAACUUACUGGUGCCCUUUGCUAAAAGCAUCUCACUGUGCCAUAUGGAACAUUAAAGAGGCCUGUACCUCAUGCCUUGCUGCCUGCAAAGCAAAGAAACUGCCUUUUAUUUUGUAACUUAAGAAGUGGCCAGAUACUAACAUGACCAGCUGGCUGAUAAGCACAGCCUGCUGCCCUCACGCAGAGGAAGGCUCUGACAGUCAAUCCAUCUGACUGGAAUUAAAAGUGGUGAAGCAAGCAAGGGAGGCCAUCACACUGCAAUGGGUCUUCAUCCAGGAACGGACCUCACGGGGCAUUGUUAUUAAAUAACUUGAUGCUGUGUGCAUGACGCUGGUGCUUGACCAUGAAAUGAAAGCCUCAUCCUUAAAAUGUGUGUUGUACUUUGCAAUCCUGGACGGUUGCUUCAAGUAAAUGGUGUCUACGUUUU